AUGGCAGAGAAAGAUUUUGAAGCGUUUCGUUCGGCUUUGACAAGUCAUCGAUGUAAAACUUUCCUCAAAAAGAUUCACAAAAUGGGAUUUGUACCAGGCUAUCAUGAAAGCGAUGUCAUUUCUCCUAGCAGGGCAUGCACAAAGCAAAAAGAGGAGGUUAUUCCCAGAAAGAGGUCUAAUAUUGAGAAAGAAAGGCGUUUUCCUGUCGUUUACGGCGAUGAUGAGAUAUUUAGCGAUGUUAACUAUGAUAUCUGUGAUACCUACGCAGCGUCAAUGAGUGUUGUUUUAGAUAGAUCUGAAAAGGUGGCCAAGGAAGUUGAGUCGAGCGCUAAUGGUUUUGAUGAAGCCCAGGAAGUAGAUCAGAUUGCUGAUGGACCUCCUGAAAGCAAUGGCACUUUGAACAUUGUCUCAUUUGCAUUUAACCCGGACAAAGAGGCUUACCUUAUCGCAAAAAACGCAUUCGAAUAUUAUAAAGAUGAUGAGGAAAUUAUUAAAUAUUGGUAUCAGCGCUACCGGCUUUUUUCCAAGCUUGAUAAAGGUGUUCUCAUGGAUCGAGAGGGGUGGUUCUCGGUGACGCCUGAACGAAUAGCAGAACAUAUCGCAGAUCGAAUAGUUAGACGGAAAGAAAUGCUGGUUGUAGAUGCAUUCGCCGGUGUUGGUGGGAACAGCAUCCAGUUGGCGAUUAAAGGAGCACAAGUUAAGAUGAUCGCGAUUGAUUUGGAUCCGAUACGGUUGAAAUGCGCCAGGGAGAAUGCAAAGGUGUAUGGUGUCGAAAAUCGCAUUGAGUUUAUCUGUUGCGAUUUCUUUCAUUUUGCAGCUAAAUGGACAGAAAACAUUGGAAAAUCUGCGGAUGUGGAUGCAGUAUUCCUCAGCCCGCCUUGGGGAGGCCCCAGCUAUUUGAAGUCGGAG